UCUGUGGUGUUUUGAUUUGUUGUCAGGAAAUGUCACUAUGUAUGUCAGUUCAGAUGAAAGUUACCAAGUAUUCAAUUUGCUGUAAUUAAAUCUUAAAAUCCAAUAAGAAAAUAGCUAUAUCACAAGAAACAGCUGUAUAACACAAUGGAGAGUUCAAGUUCUUCAGCCACUGAUGAUGCGAAAACAGUGCAAUUACUUGCUAAAGGUAUAAUGGAGAUGUAUGAGCCACCACUAACUACAAUAAAUACUCAUCUAAAGGAAUUAACAGAAAAGCAAGAAGCAGUCCAAGGGAUGUUAACAUCGGAAAGACGGAGACUUGAAGACCUACAGAAUGAUGUCAUGCUUGAUGCUUUGUUGGCGGACAUAGCCACAAACAGAGAGAAGUUAGUUACCAUAUCAAAUUCCAUGAUGUCACUACACAAGAGGGUUCAGAGUUUACAGACAAGAGCAGCGAAUAUAGAAAAGGUAGCUAAAACAAAAGCCACAAGCAGACCUGGAUCAUCAAGCAGUUAGUGUUGCCACUAAUUUUCUUGGCACUGAGCUGGCAACACUGUCAAUGACACUACAAAAUGACGUCAUCAAGGGUAUUUGUACUUUAUCAGGCAGUAAUUUUUAAGUGUCUUUUUGUCUCUACAUUCCUUUCAAGUGAUGGAUAUAGAAUAGCACUUGGGUCUUUGAAGUAUGAUUUAUUCAUAAAUGUGUUGAUAUGUUAAUAUUCAACCAUUGCCUGUACUCUCUAAAGCAGGAAUAUUGUUAUUGUGCAAGCGAGAAGCCACUAUACGUAAUGUAACACCGUAUCUCGCUUCCACACUGAGCUCUUACUAGAGUCGAGUUCCUUAAGCUUAGUACUGUCAAGGCAUCAUAACCAGACCCGUCUCUAGCUCAUGUGGAGCCCGUGUGCAAAUACCAUAGCUCCCCUAGCAAGCGCACUUUCAAAAUGAAAUGGGUGCAAAGUACAAAUGAAAUUUGUACGGCCGCUUAAGGGUAAGGACUCCAUGUUAAUAUGGAUCAUUUAUCCUAAAACCACCAGAUGAACUAUCACAGCACAUUAAGUCACAUCUCCAGAUGCUAAACAAAAUCUAUGAAAACUGGAGUACUUUUUACGUUGGUCGUAAAGCGCGGUGGGAAAGCAAACGUAUUUCUUUUCCUGUAAUCUAUUUCUAAGCCCCCAACGCUGCAAGUCCGACUGGCACUUAACAAUUUAUUUGCCAUUCAUAUAAUUUUGAUGCCUGAUAGUCAUAGCAAUGAACUCGUUUGUACAACUUUCGGUAUUGUUUACCGACUAAUGUCGUCAAAGAUAUUAUCCAUUGUAUUCACUAUACUCAUACAAAUAUGACUGUUUCUUAUGAAUUCUUGUAUCCUUUAAUUUUGUUAUGUAGUCAGUAGUAUUGUUGAAUAUUUAAAACUAUGUUUUAUCUUA